GCCGGGCUCGUCAGUCGAAUAGAAUCGGAGCCCGGAGCGGUGUUGGGUGGCUGUUGGUUUGUGUGCUGCGGCUCGUCGGCAGUGCUUGUGUUUACAUUUGUUUUUCCUGGAAUACUUUCCGCGGAAGAGGAUGAAGAUCUACUGUCUACUUUCUUUAUUCCUGACUGGAAUCUUUGCAGCGCCAAGCUUGGAUCCUGAACUGGAUGAGCCCUGGAAACAGUGGAAAAGUUGGCAUCACAAGAACUAUGAACAAAAAGAAGAACGUUGGAGGCGAAUGGUGUGGGAAAAGAACCUUCGAAAAAUUGAACUUCACAACUUGGAACAUUCUCUUGGAAAACACUCAUUCAGACUAGGAAUGAACCGCUUUGGAGAUAUGACAAAUGAAGAAUUUAGGCAGAUAACGAAUGGCUACAAACAUACAAAGCAAAGUUUUAAGAAGACUCAAGGAUCCCUCUUCUUGGAGCCCAAUUUCCUGGAAUUGCCCAAGAAGCUAGAUUGGCGUGAGCAUGGAUAUGUCACUCCAGUUAAAGACCAAGGAGAAUGUGGCUCAUGUUGGGCUUUUAGUACCACUGGAGCUCUUGAAGGUCAACACUUCAGAAAAACUGGCAUGCUUGUCUCUCUCAGUGAACAGAAUCUUGUGGACUGCUCUAAACCUGAAGGAAAUGAAGGGUGUAACGGGGGACUGAUGGAUCAAGCAUUCCAGUAUGUGAAAGAUAAUGGUGGAAUUGACUCAGAAGAAUCUUAUCCUUAUACUGCCACGGAUGAUAGUCCCUGUCAUUAUGAUCCAGCUUAUAAUUCUGCAAAUGAUACUGGAUUUGUGGACAUUCCAAAGGGUAAAGAAAGAGCCCUAAUGAAAGCUGUUGCUGCUAUCGGACCAGUUUCUGUAGCUAUUGAUGCUGGUCAUCAUUCAUUCCAAUUCUAUGAAUCUGGUAUUUACUUUGAAGAAGACUGCAGCUCCACAGACUUGGACCAUGGUGUAUUAGUAGUAGGUUAUGGCUAUGAAAAAGAAGAUACUGACGGAAAGAGAUACUGGAUUGUUAAAAACAGCUGGAGUGAAGAAUGGGGUGACAAGGGAUACAUAAUGAUGGCCAAGGACAGGGAAAACAACUGUGGAAUAGCCACUGCUGCCAGCUACCCUCAAGUAUAAACAUACUACUGUAUUCAAAUAACUUCAUGUAUAUGGAGACUAUGUACAGUGACCUACACCUUUUUAUCAGUAAGCAGACUGCCUCAAUGAUAUGGUCAAGAGGUUUUCUUACCUUGAGUAGAACUUUUAAAUUUGUUUUCCCAGAAUCUGCUUUGACUUUUGAUAGGCAAGCAGCAUUGCACCUCACCACUGGGCUAAGUGGCCUUGGAGUUGAGUGGAUAUGUGGUUAAUCUUCUUGUAAACCCAUUUGUAUCCUUGGUAUUUUAAGGUAAACAUAGUCUGAAUAAGCUAUUUUUAAUGAGGAAAUUGACAACCAGUUGAUUUCCAAGUAUAAAGAAUUGGUUCUACUUAUUGUGCACUGCUUGACUGGUUCUAACUGUGUAAUUGCUGUGCAAUGCACAAUCUAAAUAUGUUAAUGCAAUUUUUGUUUGUAAUCACAAAUAAAACUCUUUGCUCAA